CGGACAACGCGAGCGUCACAUCCGGUGGAAUAUUCCCACGAAUUUACCCUUGGUCUUUAAAAGGACGCGCUGAAUAAAGCUGCUCUGGAGUCGACAGCUGUGAACCAGAGACAAUCAUGAUCCUCCUGACUCCCCCUUCUGAUGAAGAGUCCCUUGAACUCGCCUGGCUUUGGAAUCACAGGAAGUUCAGGGUGAAAAACACUUGAAGGGGUUGCUAUUCCGCAAGGUUUAAGACACAAAUUGUCAAAGUUUCCAGGUCAUUGUGCAUAAAAUGUCUUGGACAGUACUAUGACUUGAGAGAAAAACAUAAAAGCUCACAUGACCCCCCGGGGGGCGGAACACAGGUUCCCCAGUCGUCACUUAGAAAACAUCACAGCAUCGUGAGGGGAGGAGGCAGAGUUUUUUUUUUUUUGAUGGAGUGCGGCAGCAGUCAUUCCAUCUUGCUGACUCACGUAGUCAAUGUAUCCUUUUUUAAAGUUUGAAUUAUAACUUUAGCACAAAUUCCACUUAAAGGUACAGUGUGUAAGAUUUAGGUGAAAAGGAUCCAUUGGCAGAAAGUGAAUAUAAAAUAAACCUAGUGAUGUUUUUACUAGUGCGUUUCAUCCCAAUUGUGCAAAAUGUAGUUUUCUUUAGCCAAGAAGAUGAAUAUUAAACACUUCCUAUUUAAAUAUUUAAAUCGGGAGUGGGUCCUCUCUACGGAGGCGGCCAUGUUUUUUUUACAGUAGCCCAAACUGGACAAACUAAACCUUUUUGAGUUCACUUUCAUGUUGGAAAGGGGAUUCGGCUGCAACCUUCAACUUCACCACUAGAUGUCCCUAAAUUCUACACACUGAAGCCUUUUGAAGAAAACAUAUGGCCUGCUCUAUGAUUUCUUUUGACGAUGUAACUUUGAAAUCCCUGACAUUCCCCAACAAAAAUGACAUUGAAACCAGGUGAGGUUCCAGACUUCUCUUUACACAGCAGUCCCCAUUUAAACCCCGGGGCUGCAGUGGUAUUGAUGGGACCAGUAUAGCUGUGAGUGCUGCUGCCGGUCCUCGUCUCAGGUCACUAGGCUUGAUCAGAGUUAACGGGCUAAUUGAUCUCACGUCUGGUAUGUGUCACUGCAGUAGGUCCAGUUCACGCUCACUGUAGCCAGUGGUGUAUGUGUUAGUCCCCUCAGUGUUCACAGCUUGUUCCCUCACACCAGUAUUUGUGUGUAUUUGACCCCUGAUAAGAUCCAGAUUGAGUGCUAGCACUUCACAUGCAUCGUGUUCAGAGAUUUACUUUCAAAUAUCUAGAUAUUUGAAGCUUAAUGCAUGAGAGUGUGGCCAUUAUUUCUAAUAGUUAUGUAUCAUAUUGCAUAAACUGACGAGGCGAGGCUGUCUUUAAUGUUGCAUGCUGGAGGCUGAGUGAAUGUGUAGUAACAAAUUUAUUUUAGUGAUCUGAGAAAGGAUGAAUGUAUCGUAACGUUGGUCUCCACCCAUUGAACAUACGUCUUGGUAAGUGAUACUUCUUCUACAUAAGACGGGGAAUCAGCUUCUUAGUUAUGAUUUAGUUAAAAUGAAAGAUGAUUUAGAAAAAUAUUAUUAUCCUGGUAAAUCUUUAUGAUUACUUUCAGAAUUUUUCCUCUCACCUCAACUGGAGUCUGACUCAAAAUGGGAUAUAAUCAGUAGACUGCUCCCAUUCAGACUCACUCAUCAGAAGGUCAGGGACUCACAGACAGGGAUUUAGCUUUUUAAACCACAGCAGAGGUUAUCGAGCCGACACGGGCCGCUUCUUACCACUGUCAUCCUGUGGUCUCAGGUUUCUUCCAGUGCACCAACAAGCUCUUUCUGAGUGAUCAGGCCGCCUGGCUCCACGUCAAGGAGUUCGCCCGUAAAAAUGCAGCGAACGCUCUGUCAGUCGCCAACAUGGUCAUGGGCAUGGCCUCCAUUCUCAGCAGUCUCAACGGGCACCAUCAUGCCGCAUGUUGGUUGGUCCUGAUUGGCUACCUGCUGGAUUACGCAGAUGGAGCGGUUGCCAGGCGACUGGAUGCCUGCUCGGCGCUGGGUGCGAAGCUGGACGAUUUCGCCGACUUCACGACCUUCGGAAUCGCUACGUCACUUCUCCUGAGGACAACGGACCUGAUGGACAACAUCCUCUGCGUGUGCUACGUGCUGUCGGUGUUCGUCCGCCUCUGUUUCUACUCAACCGGAAUCCCCUUCAUGUACCGCGGCCUGCCCUGCACUUACGCCUCGGCCAUCGUGUCCUGUGCCACAAUACUGUCGGGGGGGAACAUGGCCGUGCUGCGCAUCGUGGUCGUCGCCAUGAUCCUCUGCAUGAUCAACCACAACUUCUACCCCCAUGACAAAGUGCUGGAGUCCCAGGCCUGGAAAAAAGUCGUUUACUUUGGAGGAGUCAUCAUGUUGUUCUGCUCGUCAUCCCCCCCCAUGUGCGUGUACUACCUGCUCUGGUGUUUCUCCUACGUUUUGUUCCCGACUUCCCUUUGGAGCAGUAAAGUGUAGAGAAACGGGUUCUGGUCUUGUCCCAAAACUCGCAGUAGGUUCACCUCCGGCUGAUCUGGGCGAAUUUAGUUGUCCCAGAAUGUUGCUGCUCCCCACUGCCCUGGAGGAUUCAAGCUGAACAUGCUCAUGCAGGCUAACACUUGCUCUAUUUUACCUUUAUUUUGAUGAGACAGAACCUGGAUGACAGGGAGUUGUGAUGAGGGACAGGAGGGAAGGACAUUUUUAAGUCACUUCUAAGAAUUUAACCUUCAUACACAUGUUUUAUGUCUUUGUUGCAGUGUCACUGAAGCUGAGGGGGGGGUUGCCUGUUCCAAAAAUCAGAGUUUUCAUCAGGUUGUCUAAUCUCCUUACUUCAGUGUUAAUGCAGUCUUUCCUCGAUGGGUAUAUUUUCAAAGGAAAUGAUUGCAAUGCUUUUCUCCAACAUCUUUGCCUCAUAUUUAGUUUUGCAGCCACACGAGGCAUCACGACCACUAACACGAUUUCCACGGUGUUGGGCGUAGAGUUAGGAAUUAACUGUAUGUGCUGCUCUAUGGAGAUAAGACCUUUAAUCCAAGAGUCUUAUUUCUCUGCAGCAAUUUUUUUUUAUUCAAAACUCCAUGCCCCUCUUAUCUAUAACACAGUAAUGAACACACACGCAUCGCACAGCAUCUGUAACAUCUGUCAAUGUUUGUAUCAGGGUUGGGGUCAAUUUGCUUUUUAACGGUAUUCAGCUCGUGGUGUGUCGUUAAAACUCGUAUCGCACACCUUCAAACCAGCUAAUCUAAGAUUAGGGUCUUUGGAUCAUGGGGCGAGAAUCCACGCUCCUCUGUUAUUCCUGGACUCCAGCCCUUGUGCUUUUGUUAAUCGCGUUCUUGUUUUUUCUUCCAAAUUGUGAGUCUGUCCAGGACAUUGUGUGUUUAGAUUUCAGUGUUUUGCAUGACUUUGCCUGUUUGAAGAGGCAAUGCAGUUUAUAUAUCGAAUCCACACUGGAUCACCAUUACCCCCCACCCGCCUGUAUAUUACCUCUCUGACCACGGCUGCAUCACAGGUGUUUGACAACUGAGUGAAAGAACACCUGCAGCGUUAGGAAAUUAAUAAUUAAGGUGGAGUCGGAAAUACAUCACGAGUCGACACCGAAAACCAUAACUAACACGGCUGCAGAGGUUUUCCUCCACACGAGAUUAAAGAUCCAGUGUGAUUUAGGUGAAAAGGAACUAUUGGCAGAAAUUAUCCUAGUGAUGUUUUCACUAGUGUUUCAUCUAAAUUGUACUAAUUGUUGUUUCUUUUACCCUGCAACGUGCAACUUCACCACCAGAUGUCACUAAACUCUACACAACCAACCUUUAAAGAGAAACAACACAAGGACUGUAAAUCCUGCCUUUUCCUGCCACCUAGUGGUUACGGAUUACAAAUUAUAAAAAUGUUGUUGCAUGACAGUCUGUGUGAACAGUGCAGCUGGACUGAAACUUUAAAAAUCCACAGAGAUCAGGCGAGGAGAGGAGAAGUGAUUCUCUUUAACUUGGCCAGAACUCGGUCCUUUUUUAAGCGAGGACAACUUUUGGGCUCGUGCCUCACAAUCGGUGUAUUUCUGCCUCCCUGCACAUGUGUGCGACAAAUGGGGGAGAUUACAUAGUUUUAUAUGGAUUCUUUCAGAAGCCUGAUGAAAAGCCUGAUGUUCUCAACCCCCCCGUAUUCAAACUACACCUACUCACAGCUGUCAGAAUAAAGGGAAGGACAUCAUUCACGAUUUGAUUUCUUGUGAUUUUAUUGAUAUGUAACUUGUAUAAACUCCAGACUCUUCUGAGAGGAAAAAAUGAACAGACGGAGCAAAAUGUCCUGAAUCAAGACCUAGAUUUAAAAAAAAAACAUCAACACAAAAGGACACGACCUCUGAUUCAGAUGUGGGUUCUAACCGACCCUGGCUUAGUUCAUGAUGACGGUGCAUACACAGACUGAAAUUAAAAUCUACUCUAGUUCGUUCACUAGUGCAUUCAGCUUUCCUGUGUGGGUGUUUUGGUUUUCAAACUGUAAAGUCACGGUGACGUGAUGCAUGCCGAGAGCAUAAGAGAUACUAAGCCUGUACUUUGAUUAAAUGAUGGUGAUGAAAAGAAAGAAAGAUCUCGAUGAAUGAUCUGUGCUUUCAAGUCUGUACUUUUUUUGACAAUAAAGGGGAAAUUGAAAUA